CGCAGAAGGCGCGUCUCUAAACGUCUUUCGGCUGGCUAUGUCGUCCCUCCGGAACGUCGUGCGGCUGGCUGGGCGAUGUGCCAGGGCUCACAGACGGCUGUGCACAGUGCAGGUUAGGAAAAAGAGCAAAAGACAGUUGAGAAACCGUGUUUUUCUGUACGUGUCUGUGAUUGUGUGUCCACAAAUAGGGAGUGGUGGCGGGGGUGAGCGUGGAGGACGAGAGGGUGCGGGAGCUACUGGGGAGGGUUAACGGGAUGGACAUGGACGUCGUGUUUGCCCCGCGAAAAGAGCCGCUGGUUCCGCCUCGUUACCAGUUGAUGACCAGGGACCAACUCCACAAGGCCCACGUUGAGGCGGUUACUGAGGCCAAGAAGCUCCUGGAGAUGACUCCCGUUCUCCCGGAGAGAGAGCCGAGAGGAGAGACUCUGAGACAUGACGAGGAACUGGAUGGGUACUUGGAGCACCGCAUGGUUUUCACCAACAUCUCCAUGAACAAAGACAACAGGGACAGAGAGGUGGUGGUGAGGGAGCCGACGGGAGUCCUGCGGGAGGCCACGUGGGAGGAGAGGGACCGCAUGAUGCAGGUCUACUUCCCGAGCCUCGGACGGAGGAUGUGGCUGCCUCACAUGCUGACAGAGGAGGGUCUGCUGCCGGUCCUGGAGGCCGGGAGAUACGGAGACAUUCUGGACAUGGCAUGUCUUCAGUGUGAACCUGAUUCUGAAGACUAUAUCAGAGUUCAUCGCACUGUGUACGAUAGAAUCGAGGUGGAGGGAGCGUAUGACAGUCUUCGGUCCACGCGGCACUUUGGAGGUCUGGUGUGGUACCUGGUUCAGCAGGAGAGGAUAGUGGGACUAGUGAAAGACUUGGUGGAGAAAUACCUGUGGUCAGAGGGAGAGGCUCUGGUUGAGCUCUAUUUACUCUGUCACCCUCACUGCUCCCUGGCCAGCAGCACUGACUCCACUCCUGGCAAGAAACUAGAGGCAUUCUGUCGUCACUAUUCCCUGGGACAGCUCCUAGCACAACUUGCCACCUGCCGGGACUCUGCAGCAGACACAGUCCUAGCCACACAAAGCAUAACAUAGAACACAUACCUUGCAUGACUCAAUAUGGUGUAUGUCGCUCUAAAAUGUUAUGUAAACCGCACUGGGAACCAACCACAGCAUCCAAAAGCACAUCAGAAUAUAUAUUAUCAUGAACAGCUAUCAGAUAAUUAUGUUGACAGUGCCAUACUUGUUAGUAUUUUCUUACAAAACCUAAAACUCAGUAUUAUAGUUAAUAUUUUAGUUUUCCAUGAUCUAUACAUAAUCAUAUUGAAGCGUGUGAUGCCGUUGCGGUAAGUGGCGUGAAACUUUUCUCAACAUACCCCAACAAGUACCCCUGAGUCUUUCCACAUUAUUCUGGUGGGAAUUAUCCAUCUCCAGACAUUUCUUGAGACGAGGGUCUAGACCAGAGAAUGACUGUAGAACAUCAGUGUCUGGAGCAGCGAACGAGGGAAGAGAGAAUAGCUUCUUCCUCUUCUUCUUCUUGAAGAAAAACAACUCCUUGAAAUCAAUUUCUGCUCUCCUACGAUAAUUACGAAACUUCCUGUCCCAGAAGAGUUGAGUUUGGGGCUGAGUCAGGUCUGAAGAUGAGAAUGAUCUCCUGAGAUUAGGAGACACACAACUAGCAACAACCCCCAUAUUGAACUGUUGAAGAGGUCCAAGUCCUUUCCACUGGCAAUACUCCCCGUCUUCACCAGCAGAGAGAGGGAGGAAUAAUCCAGACUGGAUCUUCAUCUCUUCCAGAGUAGUGUUGUCCUUGAGAAUGCUGUUUAGUUCCAGAAGGAAGUCGGUGCAGGUAGUCUUACUAGGCAGAGGAACUCUCUCCAUGGAUGAGAAAGAGACAGGAUUAAAAGUACGAAUGCUAAAUAAACUCUGUUUUUUGGAUGGUGGUGAUUCGACAUCAUCAAUUAUAAGAUUCCUCAAGACUUUGUUAGUUCUCAGAGCGAUACAUAUGUAGAGGAUUCCAUCAUAGCCCAGUCUGGUUCCCCUUAGCUCCAAUGUGGUAAGAUGGGGACAGUGCUGUAAGAUGCUCCGGACACCAGCCAUGGUCUCACGAGAUACGACGUUGCACAACAUCAUUUCAGUAAUUGGAUUCAUUCUCAGAACUGAUUUUGGUAAAGAAUCAACCAGCAUAACUGUUGAACUGGGACGAUUUCUGGUGGGUGGGAAUUUAAUAUCAACCACAAUCUCUGUCAGUCUCUGUUUGACUAUCCAGUGAAGUAGAUUGGUUAGUGGAGGAGUGCAUUCCUUUCCGCUGGAAAUGUGCAAUAUUUUCAAAUCACUGAGAGACUGUAACACAGGCAGCCACUCCCAAGAUUGAAUUGAAUCAGAAUGGAUCUUUAGUAUUUCAACACCAACAAGUGACAGCAAAUAAUUAACAUGGGCACUGGAAAUACAUCUGAAUACAUUUCUUACUCGUUUAAGUUUAACAAGCUUGGAUUUCAUUAGCCAAGAUAGACACUUGUUUUCAUCCUCACGUGGUUCAAUAUACAGUUCUACUUGAAGCUGCGUGACAUUUGGUGUAGUGGUUUUGCAGUGAUCAUCAAGUCCUUUGACAAAUGUUUCCACAAGUGAAACAUCACUUUCAUACCUUAUGUCAAGAACCAACAGAGACAAUGGAUAUGAGGAAAGUGCUAGGCAGUACGAAAGAGCAUAGCUGUCAUAUGGUUUACUAACAUCUCUGUAUUGACCAAUGGAAAUUCUUGAACGUCGUCUAGCCUCACCAGCAAAAUAAUGUGAUAAAAUGUUUGGAUUUUGAGCCUCAUAGAGAGAUGGUAACAACAAAUCGGGAUAAAUAAGAUCUGCAGUGUCAUGACUGAGAUACAUCUCCCAGUGGUUCCUGUCAUCCUCUGACUGGCAUCUCCAGCCAGUGAUACCAGCCAGGAAUAUGGCUGGCUCCACUAGCGAUGACUCCUGGUGCUCAAGUGAUGA